GUGUUCGGUGGCGGCGGGAGUCGGGGAGCCGGGUGGGGGCCUCAGAGUUCUUGGCGCCCGGCUAGUCAGCCGCGUCCCUCCGGUGCGAUCCGCCUCCCUCUCCUCCGGGGCCCGUCCGGACGCACCCUUCCCGGCGCGGCGGCCUUGGGGCGCACAGCAGGCCCCCCCUCGGGUUCCGAGUGGGUGGGUCGCCGGCCUGGGCACUGUCAAGUCGGGGUGGGGUUGUGAGGGACCGGGCUUUAGCCGGUCUGCCGACGCCGGCGGCGCUUGCACGGGCCUGCGGCCUGUUGGCUGACGCGUCCUGAACCGCACGGCUCCGGGAUGUCGGCCCCCAGCCGCGAUGAAUUUACAACUGGUUGUGUGGAUUGGACUGGUCAGUUCAGUUUGCUAUGUAUUUGGCCACACAGAUAAAAAUAGAUGUUUAAAAGCAAACGCCAAAUCAUGUGGAGAAUGUAUACAAGCAGGGCCAAAUUGUGGGUGGUGCACAAAUUCAACAUUUUUACAAGAAGGAAUGCCUACUUCUGCACGUUGUGAUGAUUUAGAAGCCUUAAAAAAGAAGGGUUGCCAUCCAGAUGACAUAGAAAAUCCCAGAGGCUCCAAAAAUAUAAAGAAAGAUAAAAAUGUCACCAACCGUAGUAAAGGAACAGCAGAGAAGCUCCAGCCAGAAGAUAUUACUCAGAUCCAACCACAGCAGUUGGUAUUGCAAUUACGAUCAGGGGAGCCACAGACAUUUACAUUAAAAUUCAAGAGAGCUGAAGAUUAUCCCAUUGAUCUUUACUACCUUAUGGACCUCUCAUAUUCAAUGAAAGAUGAUCUGGAGAAUGUGAAAAGUCUUGGAACUGAUCUGAUGAAUGAAAUGAGGAGGAUUACUUCAGAUUUCCGAAUUGGUUUUGGCUCAUUUGUGGAGAAAACUGUGAUGCCUUAUAUUAGUACAACACCAGCAAAGCUCAGGAACCCUUGCACAAGUGAACAGAACUGCACCAGCCCAUUCAGCUAUAAAAAUGUGCUCAGUCUUACUGAUAAGGGAGAAAUAUUUAAUGACCUUGUGGGUAAACAGCGCAUAUCUGGGAACUUGGAUUCUCCAGAAGGUGGAUUUGAUGCGAUCAUGCAGGUUGCCGUUUGUGGAUCACUGAUUGGCUGGAGGAAUGUCACACGGUUGCUGGUGUUUUCUACAGAUGCCGGGUUUCACUUUGCUGGAGAUGGGAAACUUGGCGGCAUUGUUUUACCAAAUGAUGGACAGUGUCACCUGGAAAAUAAUGUAUACACAAUGAGCCAUUAUUAUGACUAUCCUUCUAUUGCUCACCUUGUUCAGAAACUCAGUGAAAAUAACAUUCAGACGAUUUUUGCAGUUACCGAAGAAUUUCAGCCCGUUUAUAAGGAAUUAAAAAAUUUGAUCCCUAAGUCAGCCGUGGGAACAUUAUCUGGAAAUUCUAGCAAUGUAAUUCAGUUGAUCAUUGAUGCAUACAAUUCCCUUUCCUCAGAAGUCAUUUUGGAAAAUAGCAAAUUGCCAGAAGGAGUAACAAUAAAUUACAAAUCCUACUGCAAGAAUGGGAUAAAUGGGACAGGAGAAAAUGGAAGAAAGUGUUCCAAUAUCUCCAUUGGAGAUGAGGUUCAAUUUGAAAUUAGCAUAACUUCAAAUAAAUGUCCAAAUAAGAAUUCUGAAACUAUUAAAAUUAAGCCCCUGGGCUUUACUGAAGAAGUAGAGAUUAUUCUUCAGUUCAUCUGUGAAUGUGAAUGCCAAACCACAGGCAUUCCUGAAAGUCCAAAGUGUCAUGAAGGAAAUGGAACUUUUGAGUGUGGAGCUUGCAGGUGCAAUGAGGGACGUGUUGGGAGACACUGUGAAUGUAGCACAGAUGAAGUUAACAGUGAAGACAUGGAUGCUUACUGCAGGAAAGAAAACAGUUCAGAAAUCUGUAGUAAUAAUGGAGAGUGUGUCUGUGGACAGUGUGUUUGUAGGAAGAGGGAUAAUACAAAUGAAAUUUAUUCUGGCAAAUUCUGCGAGUGUGAUAAUUUCAACUGUGAUAGAUCCAAUGGCUUAAUUUGCGGAGGAAAUGGUGUUUGCAGGUGUCGUGUGUGUGAAUGCUACCCCAACUACACGGGCAGUGCAUGUGACUGCUCUUUGGAUACUACUCCAUGCAUGGCAGCAAAUGGACAGAUCUGCAAUGGCCGGGGCAUCUGUGAGUGUGGCGUUUGUAAAUGUACAGACCCGAAGUUUCAAGGACAAGCUUGUGAGACGUGUCAGACCUGCCUUGGUGUCUGUGUUGAACAUAAAGAAUGUGUUCAGUGCAGAGCCUUCAAUAAAGGAGAAAAGAAAGACACGUGUGCACAGGAGUGUUCACAUUUCAACCUGACCAAGGUAGAAAGUCGGGACAAGUUACCCCAGCCUGUCCAGGUUGAUCCCAUGACCCACUGUAAGGAGAAGGAUGUUGAUGACUGCUGGUUCUACUUCACCUACUCAGUGAAUGGGAAAAGUGAAGCUAUUGUUCAUGUUGUAGAGACUCCAGACUGUCCCACUGGUCCAGACAUCAUUCCAAUUGUGGCUGGUGUGGUUGCUGGAAUUGUGCUUAUUGGCCUUGCGUUAUUGCUGAUUUGGAAGCUUUUAAUGAUAAUUCAUGACAGACGGGAAUUUGCUAAAUUUGAAAAGGAGAAAAUGAAUGCCAAGUGGGACACGCAAGAAAAUCCGAUUUACAAGAGUCCUAUAAAUAAUUUCAAGAAUCCAAACUAUGGACGUAAAGCUGGUCUCUAAGUUGUCGGUGAAAAUCCUAUUUACAAGAGUGCUGUGACAACUGUGGUCAAUCCAAAGUAUGAGGGAAAAUGAGUCAUACAUGCAAAUUCCACAACACUGAAUGCAAAAUAGCAAUUUUCAUAUUCACAGUACAGUAGUGUUAGGGCACAUUUGCCAUGGUUUUAUUCAUAUGCAGGUUUUGAAAUGUACAAUAUGUAUAAUUUUUAAUUUUUUUAUUAUUUUGAAAACAAUGUUAUAAUCUAUGCCAGGGACUGACAAAAGACUUGAGACAGGAUUGUUAUCCUCGUCUGCUAAGGUCACAGUGUGCCUUUUUUCACCUUUUCUUCCUGAAAUCAGCUCUCAUUUGAUUAUCUGACAUUGCUAGAGUGAUUGAAAGGGCAGUAGUUGAAGUUAUGAGAUGAUGAGAGUUUCUGCCAAUCAUGUAUUCAAACUGAUUUAUCAGUUUUCAGUUACACAGAAUCUAAAGUACAAGUUCUGUUAGCUAGUUUUGGAUUGUUUUCAUUCUGUUAUGCUGUUUGCCUAUUGGACAUGACUGAAGACAUAUCUGGAGAACAAGUAUUUUGAGAAUUCCUGGUGUAAAAUAGUUUGAAUCAAUUCAUGCACAAAGGCCAUGGGAAGAAUUCAGAGAGUUAGGAAAGAAAAGCAGAUACCUUCAAAAACCUGUGUGCCAUUUUCAGAGUUGCUUAAUCUUGGUAACUGUUAUGCCUUCUCUUUAUAAAUUCAAGCCUUGGAUAAAAGUGCUGGGAACUUUUCUGCUACGGAGUCCUUGAUUUAUCACUAUUAUAAAGACCAUAACUUAGGUAGCAUUUACUGAAUGGGGAUUUUGGAUUGAGUUUAUUAUUUUUAUUUUGUUUGAUCCUGGUGCUUUUUAUCACCUCUCCUAAUCUCUUAAUGUAUUUGUUUGCAAUUUGGGGAUAAGACUUUUUAUCAGUAUCUUUUCUUUGAAUUUUUAGCUGUAAAUUUACCUUUUUGUGAACAUGUGAAGUUGUACUGUGUGGCUUAUGCAGCAACCAACACUGCAACAAGGCUCAUUUUCACCUGGCCCCUUAACAGACCUUUGUGUGCUUCCCACUCACUGCUCGAGUUGCUUGUCGUUUCAUACUUUUCAUGUUCCUGUUUUAAGUGCCUUUUGAUUUUAACAGUUCACUUUUUACACUGCUGUUUACUGAAGUUAUUUAUUAAAUAAAAAUGGCUAAAAUACUUGAUGUUUUGGCUCUGUAUUGAUGUUUCUUGUCAGUUUUUGUGCACGAAAUUUUUAUGAGUUGAAGUUGAGGUAAA